GGUCCGCAGCAAACUGCUUAAAAAUCAUAUAUUUUGAUACUGAAUAAGAUACUGUUCCUUAUUUUUUUUCUCUCAUUAUUCCAGUAAAAGAUCUUUAUUCUUUUUUAGCUGAAUCCAGCCAUAAAAAGAGCCUAUAAUCAAUCAAUGGGCUCAAAAGCAGUUGAAGAUUUGAUACAGGCAUCAUCAGGAGUUCAUUAUUCUGGAUUCCAUUUAGAAGAACCACAUACUUCAGAAGUUGAGCAACCAACAACUUCUAUUGAUGAAAGUGUUAAGCAACCCUUUGUCAUUGGAGUUGCUGGAGGUGCUGCAGCGGGCAAGACAACAGUUUGUGAUUUGAUUAUUGAUCAGCUUCACGAUCAGCGUGUUGUCCUAGUUAACCAGGAUUCUUUUUAUCACAAUUUGACACCAGAAGAACUCACAAAAGUUCAUGAGUACAACUUCGACCAUCCUGAUGCAUUUGACACUGAGUUAUUGUUGCGUGUGAUGGAGAAAUUGAAGCAUGGGCAAGCUGUAGAUAUUCCAAAAUAUGAUUUUAAGAGUUACAAAAAUGACGUAUUCCCCCUUCGAAGGGUCAAUCCUUCGGAUGUUAUAAUUUUGGAAGGUAUACUCAUAUUUCAUGAUCCUCGUGUCCGAGAUCUGAUGAGUAUGAAGAUAUUUGUAGAUACAGAUGCUGAUGUACGGCUUGCAAGGAGAAUAAGACGUGAUACUGCUGAAAAGGGUAGAGAUAUCGCUACAGUACUUGAUCAGUACUCCAAGUUUGUCAAAUCGGCUUUUGAUGACUUCAUUCUUCCAACAAAGAAGUAUGCUGACAUAAUAAUUCCCCGGGGUGGAGACAAUCAUGUUGCUAUCGAUUUGAUUGUGCAACAUAUCAGGACGAAACUUGGUCAACAUGAUCUUUGUAAAAUAUAUCCUAACUUAUACGUUAUUCAAUCUACUUUCCAGAUACGUGGCAUGCAUACACUUAUCCGUGAUGCACAGACGACAAAGCAUGAUUUUGUGUUCUAUGCUGAUAGAUUGAUUCGAUUGGUUGUUGAACAUGGACUAGGCCAUCUGCCGUUUACAGAAAAACAGGUGAUCACUCCAACUGGAUCUGUAUACAGCGGUGUAGAUUUUUGCAAGAGGUUAUGUGGUGUCUCUGUAAUUAGAAGUGGAGAGAGUAUGGAGAAUGCGUUGCGUGCAUGCUGUAAGGGUAUCAAGAUAGGCAAGAUUCUUAUCCACAGAGAGGGUGACAAUGGUCAGCAGCUGAUCUAUGAAAAACUACCAGAAGAUAUUGCAGAAAGGCAUGUCCUUUUGCUGGAUCCUAUCCUUGGCACAGGGAAUUCAGCAGUUCAAGCUAUUUCUUUACUGCUAAAGAAGGGAGUCCCCGAGUCCAACAUUUUAUUCCUCAAUCUUAUUUCUGCACCCCAAGGAGUACAUGUGGUUUGUAAGCGUUUUCCAAGAAUAAAGAUCGUGACAUCUGAGAUAGAAAAUGGUUUGAACGAUGAUUUUCGUGUUAUUCCUGGAAUGGGCGAGUUUGGUGACAGGUAUUUUGGCACAGACAAUGACUAAACGUUAGACUGGUGGCCCGUCCCUCUCUAUCUCUCAAUCGCGCGAGAGAUAUAACCUUUUCUAUAUCAACCCAAUCAUAUUUUCUGAGGAUCAUUAAGAAGAAAAGGACUCAGUUGAGCAUGAUUAAACAAUAAUGUGUUAAGGUCUGGACAUUAUGAGAUUGUAUUUGACUACAGUUGCAUUAGAAAUGCGAUUUUCAAACUUUUUGUACAUUUGAGUAACACGAGUUUCCUUUAGGAGUUGUAAGAAAUGCAUUAAAAUGGGUUUGAUAUGAA